AUGGCCUCUCAAGGAGUACCGACUCGCAAGCGUCCUGCUCCAGGAACAUCGCCUGUCGUGCAUGCGCCUAUUGGGUCCAUCCCAAGUUACACAGACACCACCAAUCAACUUUCAGACGACCAAUUCCUUCAAUGGGGUCAAGAUCCUCAUGCUGCUGCUGGCGUCGCGCAACCAUUUCCUAUCGAUACGACCCCAUAUACUACCAUGCCAUAUGCCGCCGCCAACCAGGACAUUCCAGUACCCACAAAUCAAUCCUCCAGCCAGCUCACUAGAAGACCAAUCAACCAGUUGAUGAACCGGAACCGCGCCUUUGAGCAAUCGUCUGCUACAUCUGUUCCAGAGAGUGGCGGUGAUGGAUGGGGAGAAAGCAUAGCAGAACUCGAACAACGAGCGCUAAUUGCGAAGAGGGAGGCUCAAGCCAAACGAAAGCAGAUUCCGCCUUUUGUUCAAAAGCUCCGAAGUUUCCUCGAUGAACCACAAUAUGCCGAUUUCAUUCGGUGGUCGGAUGACGGAAAUUCGUUUAUUGUGCUGGACGAAGACGAGUUUGCACGCAGGCUUAUUCCAGAGCUUUUCAAACAUAACAAAUACGCCUCUUUCGUGCGCCAAUUGAACAUGUAUGGAUUUCAUAAAAAGGUCGGCCUAUCUGACAAUUCGAUGCGAGCCAGCGAGAGGAAAAACAAGAGCCCGAGCGAAUACGCCAAUCCGUACUUCAAACGCGGCCAUCCCGAUCUUCUUUGGCUUAUUCAGAAGCCCAAGAACGCUCCUGGUCAAGGUAGCAAGGGCGGUAAAGGUGCUAAAAUCAAGACUGAGGAUGGCGAUGAGCAUGAUGCCGACGACUUGGUUGAUGACAUCGGCCGCGACGAACGCCCCCGACUUGGCGGUCAGCUUGCGAUAACCAAUGGACAUGAUGUCAUGCCUAAAGAUCAAUUAGCUGGAGUAUACCGUGAGCUUCAGACCAUCCGCCAGCAACAGCAGAUUAUCUCAAGUACGAUAUCUAAAUUACGCCGCGAGCAUGAACAAUUAUAUGCUCAAGCUGCCAAUUUCCAAGAACAGCACAGCCGCCACGAAAACUCCAUCAACGCAAUCCUUACUUUCCUUGCUACUGUUUACAAUCGCAGCCUGCAAGGGCAUGAUGGUCCGCAAAACAUUGCCAAUUCGUUUUCCGGAAUUAUAUCUCAAGAUCAGGGUAACGUUGUUGAUGUGGGUGAUAACUUUGCCUUAAGCACUUUAGGUAACGAUCUCGCGUCUGGGACACCCAGAUUUAAGAAACAGCCAUUACUUCUGAAAGCACCUCCACAGGUCAACACGACGAAUAAUCGUGCGACCACCUUGUCUCCAGCUGCCAGCAAUUAUGAUACAGUCUCUAAUCGUAAAUAUUCCCGCCAAAGCAGUACGCCGUCACACACUAUUGAAGAAGUGCAAGAUGUCACCAGUCCCCCAACAACCGCUCCCUCACGACCCUCACAGGAUCAGCGCAAGCCACAACGUGAUAUCAUGUCCAUGAUUCAACUUUCCAAUGCAGCCAAUGGAACUCCGACGACCUUUGCCGAUUUUCCUAACAUCGUCAAUUCUCUAGAAACCUCCGGUGGUAACUCGGCACUCACGCCAAAACAGCGGGCAGACAUGUUGCGGCAGAUAGCGCGUGACACGACCGUUACUGAUCCGACCAUCGCUUCUUCCAACAACGCACUCGUCACUCCUACUCCUCCACCAAUGCCAGUCGAUUACACUGCUCAACUUGCAAAUACCCGUAAUGAGAUUGACAAUUUGAUGAAGAUGCAAGCAGAACAGGACCGCUCUGUCCAGAACCUUACCAAUUUGCUACAACCAUUAAGCCCGACGGGUCAGAUACCAGGACUUCAGGAUGGUCACGUACCCCCUCCCUCUCUUGACCUCGAUCAGAUUUUCAACAGUCAUGAUUAUUUCACGGACUACAAUGAUCUGGAUAACAAAGGAAAUUUCGAUCUUGGCGACACGUCGACAAAUAUCACGACUGGUGUACCUUCUCAAGCUUAUCGAGCGACUGCCGAAGAUCGAACUACCAACGAUGAUCUCUUCAACUUUGACAAUAUCGGCAACGAGGUUGUAGACACGGAUCUAUUCAGUGACACUGCUCGAACGUCGGGUGCCGGUGCAGGCUAUUUCGAUAACUACGAGGACUACAUCAAACCCAGUUUCAGCAAUGACGAUCUAAGCAACCACAAUACAGGUGCUACUGUAGCCGGUAACGGCACCAACAACAAGAGCGGCGCUUCCCCCGAGACGGGCCGUAUCAUCGAAACCCUUACCGAUAGCGAAGAAACGAGUCCCACGAACACGGCAGAUGAGAACUACCAAGGCCUCAACACAAGCAACACAUCCGAUGUAAACAUACAGAGCCCAAAGAGGCAGAGGAGGGCUUGA